AUGACCCAAAGCCGCAGGUGAUCACAACUGUAGCAGUUCGGCUCCAAGCGUUCAGUCCGACAUCCCAUCCCGCACAGGCCGCAUAGCACGGGCAGGCUUCUCUCGUCGGGUGCACCUGGCGCCCGUGUCUCGGGUUUUGCAUCCCAUGGACACCAUCACGAAACCAACUCUCAUACACGUGGUUGUUGGCAACAACCCCGCACGCUGCAGGAUGUUGAUAUCCAGGUGCCUGCGGCACAUUCGCCACGGUGCCGGCGAAGUACCCUGUAUGCCCACCUUUCGAGCAUUGCUUGCGAAGCCGUCACAUUUGCCACUUGUCGCGUCCACUUCUCGAGCAGCUCUCAUGGGGAGGAGGAGGAGGAGGAGCAGUGGGGGAAAGGGCCCUCAGACGACAGGACCCCUACCCGGCACCACUUGGCUUUCCACGUACCAGGGGGCACAGCGGCGGAUACCACAAAGGCCUCGAAGAUCAGAUCGACAUCAAAACGCCUCAGGACUAUGGUGGCUGGAGAUCGCCAGAGUUUUUGGCGAUCAAUCCUCAAGCAAAGGUUCCUGCAAUGUUGCUGCCAUCUGGCGAGAGGCUGUUCGAAUCGAGGGGGACUGGCGGAUCCUCGGCUACUUAAUUGACAAAUUUGUUGCGGUCGGCCCCAGUGUUGGUGCAACGUCUCCGGAGGGGCGGGCACUUGCCGCCUUGAUUACUCAGGUGCACGAUGUGUACAUUGCUUCGCCAAACUCGUCCGACCCAGCCGUGACAGCCAACCAGGGUUGCAUGUACAAGGGUGUCGACUUGAUCGACGCGCCCAGUCGCGCCGGCAAGGUGGCCGAGAUCUACAAGCAGCUUGACGUCCUAGAGUCUCUGAUCAAAGGGCCGUACGCCGCUGGUGAGACGCUCACGGAGGCUGAUUUCGCAUUGUGGCCAACACUCGCAUGCUUUCUGCGCAUUAUGAUGCCCAAAGUCUUUGGCUGGAGCGAUGUAAUGGACGACGUUGCCAGACCGAAGUUACGCGCAUGGCACCUCAAGGUUGGAGAGUUGCCUGCGGCACAGCGUGUCAAGGUGGAGUUGACGCAAGAGCUGCAGGUUUGGGAGAACGCGGGCAAAUUUGAGCCCAUCAUUCAGCAGGUGAAGGCGAACCCUGAUCUGAAGUGGUCGGACUUUUCCAUCGGCGAUAAGAAUCGGGCAAAACGGCACCUUGAUGUCGAUCGGCACUGACGCGACGGCACCCUGAUGUAGACCGACUCCGCUUCUGAGGCAUCAGGUUGCCCGAGAUCGCUGCAGGCGUGGCCAGGUCAGAAGCACGGCGCUCCGCUGUGGACCAGCACCCGCAGAGGCCCCUUGAGGCCCAGUCGUCGAA